AUGGAGGCGUCUCCUGGGAGAGCUCUGCUGCUGCUCUUCUGCGCCGUCUUCGGUGUCGAGAGUGCCCGCAUUUUGAUGUUCUCACCCAUCGGAGCGAAAUCUCUAAAGGGCGUAUUCUACGGAUUGGGCACUGCUCUCAAUUCCCGAGGCCAUGAAGUGGUGUUCUUCAACGGGUUCAAGCCUUCAACUCCUGUCAAAGGCAUCAAGGAGGUUGUACCGGAUGAACUUGCGACGCUGUAUGCGGACGAAAACAUGCCGAACAUGUUUAAGAUGAAUGAAAAAGGCAUCCAGGCUGGAUUUAAGCAGUACGCAACAUUCAUGUCUGAGGGUCCACGUGCCACAUUAGCGAGCAAGGAGGUCGAUGAGCUUUUGAAAGAGAAAUUCGACCUGGUCAUGUUUGGUCCGCUCGGUUACCCUUUCUAUUUCAUGGCACAUCUGCUCAAAGCACCAUUCAUUCUGAUAUCUCCGAUCUCUUACUAUCCAGUUAUGACAAGUGUGUUGGGCUCACCGACGCUUCCUGCUCUUCAACCUCUUCCACUCACUGCGUCAACUGACCAGAUGAGUUUUAUGGAACGCGUCAAAAACAUCCUGGGGUACGUCUUUUUGCACUCCGCACCCAACAUCGUGUACGCAAGGUAUGCGGACAAAAUGGUUGCAGAAAAGUUCGGCGAUGGCGUGAUUCCUCCAGCCAGGGAGAUCGAACGCAAUGCCAGCCUUGUCCUUCUCAACAGCAACCCAAUGAUCGACUACCACAAGCCGCUGCUGCCCAAUGUCAUCGAGGUGGGUGGACUGCAUUGUGCGGACGCGAAGCCCCUGUCCAAGGAGCUGACCAGCUUCCUCGGCGACUCAGAGUACAUAUUCUUCAGUCUGGGCUCCGUGGUACGUCCUCAGGACAUGUCUGCGGGCCAACGCUCGGCUGUGCUCAACGCCCUCGGUGCGAUGCCGUUCAAGGUCCUGCUCAAGUGGGACACCACAGACCGCACCAACAUACCGGCCAACAUCCUGCCGUCCAAGUGGCUGCCACAGCAGGACAUCCUGGGUGACAGAAAGUGCAGGCUGUUCAUCUCGCACGGCGGCUUUGCCAGCGUUCUGGAAGCUCUCUGUCAUGGCGUUCCCAUGGUGGCCAUGCCAGUGACGGUAGACCAGCAUUGUAACGCGGCUCACGCUGUUGAUCUUGGCGUGGCGGAGAUCCUGACGUGGGAGAGCCUGACGUCCGAAACGCUGCAGGCGGCCAUCCGCUCCGCCAUGUCUGCCGGGCACCGGGCGGCGUCCCGCUACCGCCAGGAGCUGCUGGCUUCUCAGCCGGUGCCGCCCCGUGACCUGGCCGUGCACUGGGUGGAGCACGUGAUCCGGCACGGCGGCGCGCCGCACCUCAGGUCGGUGGGCGCCGACCUCAACUUCUUCCAGUACUACUCGCUCGACGUGGUCGCCUUCCUGCUGGCAGUACUGAUGCUGGUGCUAAAGCUGCUCGUGGCACUGGGCAAGUGUUGCUGCCGCUGUCUGUGCAGGCGGAAGACAGAGCACUAUAUCAAAGACUCCAAAGACUUUGGUGCUUUCAUUCACACCCUGAAGAUAGUGGCAGAUGAAGCUAUGGCGUCUCGUGUGAGAGCUCUGCUGCUGCUCUUCUGCGCCGUCUUCGGUGUCGAGAGUGCCCGCAUUCUGAUGUUCUUCACCCAUCGCCGCUUGCUGCCCAAUGUCAUCGAGGUGGGUGGACUGCAUUGUGCGGACGCGAAGCCCCUGUCCAAGGAGUUGACCAGCUUCCUCGGCGACUCAGAGUACAUAUUCUUCAGUCUGGGCUCCGUGGUACGUCCUCAGGACAUGUCUGCGGGCCAACGCUCGGCUGUGCUCAACGCCCUCGGUGCGAUGCCGUUCAAGGUCCUGCUCAAGUGGGACACCACAGACCGCACCAACAUACCGGCCAACAUCCUGCCGUCCAAGUGGCUGCCACAGCAGGACAUCCUGGGUGACAGCAAGUGCAGGCUGUUCAUCUCGCACGGCGGCUUUGCCAGCGUUCUGGAAGCUCUCUGUCAUGGCGUUCCCAUGGUGGCCAUGCCAGUGACGGUAGACCAGCAUUGUAACGCGGCUCACGCUGUUGAUCUUGGCGUGGCCGGAGAUCCUGACGUGGGAGAGCUGACGUCCGAGACGCUGCAGGCGGCCAUCCGCUCCGCCAUGUCUGCCGGGCACCGGGCGGCGUCCCGCUACCGCCAGGAGCUGCUGGCCUCUCAGCCGGUGCCGCCCCGUGACCUGGCCGUGCACUGGGUGGAGCACGUGAUCCGGCACGGCGGCGCGCCGCACCUCAGGUCGGUGGGCGCCGACCUCAACUUCUUCCAGUACUACUCGCUCGACGUGGUCGCCUUCCUGCUGGCAGUACUGGUGCUGGUGCUGAAGCUGCUCGUGGCACUGGGCAAGUGUUGCUGCCGCUGUCUGUGCAGGCGGAAGACAGGUCCGGCGCAAACGAAAACCAAACGGUUCCAAACGUGA